CUUGUGACGUUGCGGGAGAGAGAAGGGCAGAGAGAGUGGAGGGGCGCCAUGAAGGCGCCGUACGCGACGCAGGGUUCUCCCCGCGGAGUGGUGUAGCCCGGCGCCUGGUCACGUGACGUCUCCCCAAGAUGGCGGCGGCGGCAGCAGCAUCGGGGGCCUCGGCGUCUGGCUCAGCGGCGGCGGAGGCGGACGAGUUCGAGGACGCGCCCGACGUGGAGCCGCUGGAGCCGACGCUGAGCAACAUCAUCGAGCAGCGCAGCCUGAAGUGGAUCUUCGUGGGAGGGAAAGGCGGCGUCGGGAAGACCACCUGCAGCUGCAGCUUGGCUGUGCAGCUCUCCAAAGUGCGGGAGAGCGUCCUCAUCAUCUCCACUGAUCCUGCUCAUAACAUCUCGGAUGCCUUUGAUCAGAAAUUCUCCAAAGUUCCCACCAAAGUAAAGGGUUAUGAUAACCUUUUUGCCAUGGAGAUUGACCCUAGCUUGGGUGUAGCUGAGCUACCUGAUGAGUUCUUUGAAGAGGAUAACAUGCUGAGUAUGGGCAAGAAGAUGAUGCAAGAGGCAAUGAGUGCCUUUCCUGGUAUUGAUGAGGCCAUGAGCUAUGCUGAAGUGAUGAGGUUGGUGAAAGGGAUGAAUUUUUCUGUGGUGGUGUUUGAUACAGCACCCACAGGGCAUACGCUCCGGCUGCUCAACUUUCCCACCAUUGUGGAGAGGGGACUAGGUCGCCUGAUGCAAAUAAAGAACCAAAUCAGUCCCUUCAUAUCACAGAUGUGUAACAUGCUUGGUCUGGGAGACAUGAAUGCUGACCAGCUGGCAUCUAAGCUGGAGGAGACCCUUCCUGUCAUCCGCUCAGUCAGUGAGCAGUUCAAGGAUCCGGAGCAAACCACAUUCAUCUGUGUGUGCAUUGCUGAAUUCUUAUCCCUCUAUGAAACAGAGCGGCUCAUCCAGGAGCUGGCCAAGUGCAAAAUUGACACACACAACAUUAUAGUCAAUCAAUUAGUCUUCCCUGACCCAGAGAAGCCCUGCAAGAUGUGUGAAGCUCGGCACAAAAUCCAGUCCAAAUAUCUUGAUCAGAUGGAAGACCUCUAUGAAGACUUCCACAUUGUAAAGCUGCCACUUCUGCCCCAUGAGGUCCGAGGGGCUGACAAAGUGAACACCUUCUCAAGUCUGCUGCUGGAGCCAUACAAGCCUCCCAGUGCAAAAUGAAAUCCUAUGGACUGAGUUACACUACUUUCCCUACCCCACCCUCUCCUCCAUUCCAUGCUAGCCCUUCCUGCCUCUCCCCUUUCAGUGGCCUCUCAUCUUUUUCAAUGGUGUGAUUGAUAGGCUUGUGGUGGGGUUGGAAGAGGCAGCAUUUGUCAUUCAUAUUUACUUCUGUAUACCUAAUUCCUUGGGACCCAUCCCCCCAAAGGCAGCCACAGUGUUGAAUCCAUUCCCCUUGUUGACCAACUAGAUAAUUUAAACUUAGGUCUUUUUUUUAAACUGAUUCUCUGUCACUUUGGCUUCUUCCUGGGUCAUGUCUCCUGGGGCUGAUGCUGCUGUGACUCAGGCCCCAGUCAGGUGCUGCGAUAACACAGAGACUGUCAGUCCACUUACAACACCCAGGCCAUCAGUACUAAUGGGAAGUAUGUAAAUAAACUAUAAGGGAAAUAUGUUA